AAUUCACAAAAGAAAUAAAAUUUGAUUCAAGUGAAUAAAAAAUUUUCAAAAUAUUCUUCGUUUUAUUAGAUAACGAAACGAAAUAUUUAUUAAAGAAAUAACUUUAAAAAAAUAUCUACUAUAUUUAGAUAGCAGAGCAAGUUAUUUUCAAUCGGUAUAUAUAUAUUUAAGAAUUUUAAAUUAGAAUAAAAAUGAACAGAUUAUCCGCUUCAAAUAUUGGCAGCAAAAUACAAAGCGCUGUAAAAAAAGUAUCAUUAACACCAGAAUGUGAAGGUUUGGGAUCUUCAUUGUCAAUAUCCGGUCUAAUACACUUGGGAUUAGCUGUUAUAAGCUUUAUCCUGUUAAUUGUUGUUAUUGGAAUUCAUUAUUCGGGAAAACUGACAGAUAAGGAAGGUGACAUAUAUUUCUGGACAAUAGUUGCAAGUUCGGCGCUCAGUGGAUUAAGUCUUCUCGUCGGAGUUUGGCAACAUUUCGUUGCUAAGAAAAUUAAUGCAUGUAUAUCAGGAGGACCAAGUGAAUAAUCAUAAUAAUUACAUGAAAUCCAUAUAAAAUUAAUACAUUUUAUAUCAGAUCCAUUUAAAGUAAAGAUGAAGAUGUAAUUGAGAUCAAUUGUUUCUUAUCGAUUAGACAUAAUUAAUUAAUAAAAAAAUUAAAAAAAAAAAAUACAUACACAUAUAUUGACUACACUGCAAUAAUUACAAUUUUUUGUGCAACGACAGUUAAAUUUGUCUUUAAAUGAUUAGAUUAAUUGAUAUUGUUGCUUUUGUCUGCAUUAUUAUCAUUAUUAUUUUUU